AUGAGCCAGUCAAAGAACAUCAACAGGGCCUUAUGGCUCGACAGCUUCUCAUCACCUCCUUCACUUGUCGACCUACCUGUACCCCAAGCGUCGACUGGUACAGUUGUGGUCCGCGUCCUCGCGACUCCCAUCGUACCCUUCACCAAAAUGGUGCACUCUGGCGGGUUGCCAGGCCUGAACAUGACGUUGCCUCUUGUUCCCAACCCCAAUGCCAUCGGCCGGGUACAUGCUGUCGGCUCCGAUGCUGUACGUGUCAAGCCAGGAGACCUCGUGUAUGUGGACGCAACCAUUCGGGGGCGCGACAACUCUGAAGUCGUGAUCAUGGCAGGUCAUCUCGGCGGUGUGGGGCCAGAAGGGCGUAAGCUCAUGCAAGGCGAGUGGCGCGACGGCUCGCUUCAGCAGUUUCAGAAGGUGCCGCUAGAGAACGUCUACGCACUGGACGAGCAACGGUUGUUCAAAGAACAGGGUUACUCUCCAGCCGUACUCCAUUGCAUCGCGCAUUACUCUGUAGCUGCCGGUGCCCUUCUGGAGGUAGGCGGUGUCAAGGUUGCCGAGACCGUCGUCAUCGGACCUUCAGGCGGAUCUUUCGGUGGCCUGGCAGUCGAGGUGGCCCUUAGUGUCGGCGCAAAUGUUAUUGCUCUUGGUCGAAGCGAAGCAAAGCUCGCGGCCAUGAAGCAGAAGCUGGGCAGUAACUCUCGACUGAGCUAUGUGGUCAUGACGGAUGACGACGUUGCAGAUACGGCAGCCAUUCUUAAGUCGACGCCCAACGGCGCCGGAGCCGACGUUUACAAUGAUUGGACGCCCGGUGGAAUGGAAAAGUCCCCAUACCUUCUCCCUGCGGUCAAAACACUGAGGAGAAAUGGUCGAGUCGUGCUAAGCGGUGGCUCCUCUGGUAACGUCAACAUCCCUUAUAGCUUUGUUGUGCUCAAAAAUCUCAAGGUCUUGGGGCAAUGGAUGUGCGAACGCAAGACGGUGGAGCAGUUAAUUAGGAUGAUAGAGCAGGGGCAACUGAAGGUCGGGAUGGAGAGCGGUGCGGAACUGGCAGUCUUCACUCUGGACCAGCACCACGAAGCGGUGGAACAUGCCGCUAAACAUGGAGGUUGGAGGAAUUAUACUGUCAUAACCCCGAAUCUGAAUUGA